GGGUCAGGAUCACAAAUCUCCACCAAUUUCCCAUUGCCCAAAAUCUUCAAAAACCUCUCUUUUCUCCCAAAGAACUCUCUUCUCCUCCAUCAAUCUCCGCUCGACAUCCAGAAUGGCCUGUAAACUUCCUCCCGGUUUCAGAUUCCACCCAACCGACGAAGAGCUCAUCGUCUACUACCUCCGCAACCAGGCCAUGUCGCAACCCUGCCCUGCUCCCAUCAUACCCGAGCUCAAUAUUUACAAAUUCGAUCCAUGGGAGCUCCCUGGGAAAUCAGAGCUGGGGGAGAGGGAGUGGUACUUCUUCACCCCUCGCGACCGCAAGUAUCCAAACGGCAUGCGGCCGAAUCGAGCCACCGCGUCCGGAUACUGGAAGGCGACUGGCACCGAUAAGGCCAUUUACAGCAGCUCUCGCUAUGUUGGGGUAAAGAAAGCUCUGGUUUUUUACAAGGGGCGGCCGCCGAAGGGAUCCAAGACUGAUUGGAUCAUGCACGAGUAUCGUCUGCAAAACCACACCAACAGCCACAGCCCCUUCAAACCUAACAAAUCCAUGAUUUUGGACGACUGGGUGCUGUGUAGGAUCUACCAAAAGAGGCAGCCGAGGAAGAACACAGAAGAUAUGGGGUACAUAAUUGCAACGCCUGCGCGAGAAGAAUCCGCCGCAGAGACGGAAGAUUUCGAGACAGCGCCGAAGUUUCCACGGUCUUGCUCCUUGGCUCAUCUUCUGGAGCCGGACUACUGUCAGCUCUUUGGAGACUCGGCUAUGGGCUCCAUUGACGAUCUCUUUUCAGGCUGCGGCGAGGAUGAUGAAGGAGGCACUGCUGCUAUUGAGGAAGCAGCAGCCAUGAGGGUUGCUGGGAAUCAUAACGUGUUGUUUGGAAACCAGAUGCUUGUGGAUCCAAUUUUCCAGCACUAGGGAGCGUGAUUGCAGAAGAGUGGAGUCGUGAAAGAUUGGGAAUCGGCCAUGAGCCUCUUCUUUCAGAAUAGGGAAGAAUCUCCAAUAUAUUGCAAGUUUACGGAAAUAGAUGCUCUGUUUCGUUGAUUAGAUUUCUAAUUUGAAGUUUCCAUUGUAAAAAAAUACUAAUGAAAAUGAGUAUUUCCUUUACUGGAGAUCAGUAUAUUCUCUAGAACAGAGAUCAAUUGAAAUCCAUGAUUAAAUCCCCACAAUAGAUCACAAGUUAUUAUAUAUAUAUAUAUAUGACAUGUUUUCAUUGUAACAAAGCUGCAUGUACUAACUGAACAUUAAUCCAUCAAGAUAUUGUUAAAACUAUCUCAAUACCUCU